AUGCAUACAGGUAAUUGGUGGUGGGAGAUGCAGGAAGUGUUUGAGAAGCAUCACCCCAAUGCUACCAUCGUCCCGAUUAUCAUCUCAUCUGACAAGACCCAAGUCACACUUUUCCGUAACAAGACUGCUUACCCGGUAUAUAUGACUAUUGGAAAUCUACCAAAGUUCAUUCGAUGGAAGCCAUCCCGAUAUGCCCAGAUUCUCAUUGCCUAUCUUCCAACCACCAAACUCACCCACAUUAAAGUCAAGGCUAGUCGUCGCCGUGUUUUAGCAAACCUUUUUCACACAUGCAUGUCAUUUGUGCUUGAUCCACUUAUCCCUGCAGGCGACAAAGGCAUGAGGCUGGUUAGUGGUGAUGGUGCUGUUCGUCAUGGAUUUCCUCUUCAUGCUAUUUUUGUUGGAGAUUAUCCCGAACAACUUCUUGUUACUGGGCGAAAGAAUGGUGAAUGUCCUGUUGGAGAUGUAAAAAGGGACGAGCUUGGAGAUUUCAACAUGCAAUGCAUUCCACGGGACAUUGUACCCAUACGUCAUGCCUUAGCUUCCAUCGAUAAAGGUUAUGACGCUUUCUACAAGGCAUGUUCUUCAGUUGGUAUCAAGCCAAUUCAGAACAUCUUUUGGCGCCAUCACCCUUAUACAAACAUCCACAUGUGUAUCACCCCAGAUGUCCUUCACCAACUAUUCCAAGGUGUUAUCAAGCAUGUCUUUUCAUGGUUGAAGCUGGUUUUUGGCCAUGAUGAGAUAGAUGCCCGUUGUUGUCGCUUUCCCCCCAAUCGCAAGAUUCGACUUUUUCUUAAUGGAAUCACACACCUAUCACGCAUCACUGGAACAGAGCAUGCUCAACUCUGUCAACUCAUCCUUGGCAUCAUUAUUGAUAUGCGACUUCCAAAUGGGCUCUCUUCUGACCGUCUCAUCCGUUCUGUACGCGCUAUUCUCGAUUUCCUAUAUCUUGCUCAGUAUCCUGUCCAUUCCGAUAAAACCCUCGACAGUCUUGAGGAUGCAUUGUGCCGAUUUCACAACAACAAGGAUAUUUUUAUAGAUCUCAACAUUCGGGAGCACUUCAAUAUCCCCCAAACUCCACUACUGCCAGCAUUUCCGCAUGUUUAUUGA